AUAAGAUCCAAAGCCUCCCUUUUCCCUGGGUGUCUUCCUCGGGAUCCCAGCAGAAACAUCUUCGGCCGACUCAGGAUUGUCAUCUUUUGCGUGCGACGUCGCAACGUGGGCUUAUGAGGAGAUAAGAGAGACUGUAGCUUUUCCAGCAUGAGGGCCCCUCUGGGUUCUCUGUGCGCGUUCCUCGUGUGGAUCGUAUUAGCCAAAGCGCAGGACUAUAAUACUGAAGCUUAUGACGACACUGCUUGUGAAUAUGACGAUGAGAUCUACGAGAAUGGUGAAGAGUGGAGUCCUGAUUCGUGUACGACGUGUAAAUGUGUGCUGGGCAAUACGAUUUGUGACACGGAAGAAUGCCCUGACAUAGAAUGCAAGACUCAAAAGUACAUUCCCCUUGGAAAGUGUUGUCCCAUUUGUGUGGAAGAUGAUGAGGCUCAACAACCCGAAGAAACAGUACUACCUCCAGAGCCGCAGCCGCCUUCUGAAGUACCUAGAGAACCUUUAGAACCUAGUUAUCCACUUGUGCCAAUACCUGGUCGAAGGGGCGAACCUGGUGAGCCUGGAACGCCUGGAUCACCUGGAGAGCGGGGUGAAUCAGGAGAACCUGGAUCACAUGGUGUACCUGGAAGACCUGGACCACCCGGUCCAGCCGGAGAUUUAAGCGCUUGGUUUCAAAGUUUGGCUGCUCAACAAGGCCUUGGAGGAGAUAAAGGUCCCGGCCCUGGUCUAGGUCCUGAUGCUUUUCAGUUUAUGCAAGCGCAAGUCGGACCUGUGGGACCAAGAGGAUCUCCUGGACCACCCGGACCAUCAGGUCCACAAGGUUUUCAAGGCCCUCGAGGAGAAUCUGGAGAACCUGGCCCACCUGGCACACCUGGUCCACCAGGAGAAAGAGGACUUCCUGGAUUACCCGGAAAGGAUGGAGAAUCUGGCGAAGAUGGUAGACCUGGACCUCCAGGACCACCAGGACCUCCGGGUCCUCGUGGUCUUCCCGGAAUGCCUGGAUUACCUGGUGUGAAAGGACAUAGAGGCUUCCCUGGUUUGGAUGGAUCAAAAGGUGAACAAGGACCUCAAGGAGAAAAGGGCGCCCAAGGACCGGCCGGAAAAAUGGGUGCAGCUGGCCCAUUGGGACCGCCUGGACCUCGAGGAGAAAGAGGACGCGAAGGCCCUCCUGGACCACCUGGAAUAAGAGGAAUAGAUGGCUUGCCCGGACCGCCAGGACCACCAGGUCCUAUCGGCAGACCAGGAUCCCCAGGUUUCCCAGGAUCACCUGGAGCAAAGGGAGAUGCUGGACCCACAGGCCCUAAAGGAAGUCAAGGCUUACAAGGACCACGUGGAGAACCUGGUAAACCAGGAAUACCCGGAGAACCAGGGCCAAUGGGUGCACCAGGAAAAGAUGGCGCUCCAGGAGAAAAAGGUUCGCCGGGUGAAACUGGUCUAGCAGGGUCACCUGGUUUCCCUGGUGCAAGAGGUCCGCCUGGCUUAUCAGGAAGUCCAGGACUACCAGGCCCGAAAGGAUCUCCUGGUAUCCCUGGUGAAGUUGGUCUGAAAGGAGAAUCUGGAAGAAAGGGAGAACAAGGUACACCUGGUCCCAGAGGUCUUCCUGGAACACCUGGUCAAGCAGGGAAAAGGGGCAAAGCUGGUUCAACUGGUCCACCUGGACCGUCCGGCCCUCCUGGUGAGCGGGGCUUACCUGGAGAUCGUGGAUUCCCCGGCCCAGAUGGCCCUGCUGGGAUGAAAGGGGCUCAAGGUGACAGAGGCCCGCAAGGUCCUCAGGGUCCCAAAGGCUCUCAGGGUGAAUCUGGAAGACCUGGCCCACCAGGAUUACAAGGACUUCGCGGUUUAGCUGGAAGACCUGGAUUACCCGGAAAAGAUGGAAUAGCUGGUGAAAGGGGCCAACCUGGUGCAGAUGGAAAACCAGGUGAACCUGGACCACAAGGAAUUCAAGGAUUACCCGGAUUAGUUGGAUUACCAGGAUCAAAAGGAGAUCAGGGUGAAGCUGGACAAGAUGGUUUACCUGGCCCCGCUGGUCCUCCGGGACCUAGAGGAGACUCUGGAAAGGAAGGAUCACCGGGCGCUCCCGGACCUGCCGGACCUCCUGGAGAAAGUGGCGAACGAGGACCUCCUGGACCAGAGGGUGCCAGAGGAUUUCAAGGCCUACCUGGUAUUGCUGGAAAUCCUGGUCAGCCUGGCAAAGAUGGUGAACCUGGUCUUCCUGGAGCUGCUGGACCUCCCGGACCUGCAGGAGAACGUGGUGAGAGGGGAUUCCCUGGUGAAAGAGGACCACAAGGAACUCAAGGUCAACCAGGACCGAGAGGAGAGGCUGGUCCACCUGGUGCAGAUGGUCCUAGGGGUCCUGCUGGUGAAAAAGGUUCUAAAGGUCAUUCUGGUCCUAGUGGGCUGUUGGGAUUACCAGGAUCUAGAGGUGAGCCUGGCCCCCGAGGAGCGAAGGGGGAUCGAGGAGAUCACGGUCCUCCUGGACCUGAAGGUCCCCCGGGCCGUCCUGGUGAACAAGGACUCCAGGGACCUGUAGGAUCCGCUGGACCCCCUGGUGAAUCUGGGGAAAAGGGUGAAACGGGUCCACCUGGUCCAGACGGACAACCUGGUUCUCCUGGACAACCAGGAGACAGAGGAGCACCUGGCCCACCAGGACAACAAGGAUUCCCAGGACCAGUUGGAUUAGCUGGCUCCCCAGGACUUAAAGGUGGAAGAGGACUUCCGGGACCAAAGGGUGACCAAGGCAAUGUAGGCUCCCCUGGAUCUCCUGGAGAAGCCGGACCUCAAGGAUCGCCUGGUCUGAGAGGACCUAAAGGACCAAGAGGAGAAGAGGGCAAAAAAGGAGAUGCUGGAUUCCCUGGCCCCCCUGGUCGCCCUGGUGAACCUGGUCAACCGGGUGCUCCUGGCAAUCCUGGACCAGCUGGCCCUCCUGGUAUUACUGGAAUAAAGGGUGGACCUGGAGAUACUGGAAAACCAGGAUCCCCUGGACCUUCAGGAAAUCCUGGACAGCCUGGUUUCCCCGGACCAAAAGGAGAAGCUGGAUCGGAAGGAUCGCCCGGUCUCACUGGACCACCUGGACCACCAGGCCCUGCUGGAGAUCGUGGAUUACCUGGUGUCCCUGGUAUACAAGGAAGACCUGGUCCACCAGGGCCACGUGGAUCACCGGGGGAUAGAGGAAUGACAGGUAAAAGUGGUGCUGAUGGACCUCCCGGACCUCAAGGAUUACAAGGACCACCAGGACCUCCUGGACCACAUGGUGAACAAGGACCUCCUGGCCAUUCGGGUAAAGAAGGUCAACCAGGUAUUUCUGGAAGACCAGGUGACAAAGGACCACCAGGGCCUCAUGGACCUCCCGGCCCACCAGGUCUUCAAGGAACUCAAGGUCCUCCAGGAGCUCUUGGACCUGCUGGCCCUGUAGGAGAAAGAGGAGAACGAGGCGAAACUGGACCAAGAGGAGUGCCUGGACCUCAAGGACCCAGAGGUGCACCUGGAGCAAUUGGACCGACUGGCAUGAAAGGGGAUAGAGGUGAUCAGGGUGAACAGGGAAUGAAAGGUCAUCGUGGUCUAAUUGGUCUACAAGGUUUGCCUGGACAGCCGGGUGUUCCUGGAGAUAAGGGACCCCCUGGGCCACCUGGUGUUCCUGGUAUGGAGGGUCCACCUGGACCUAAAGGCCCUCCUGGAAGAGAUGGCAGCCAAGGAAACCCUGGUUUAAUCGGACCUGUAGGACCUAGAGGACAUACUGGAGAUUCAGGCAAACCUGGUCCCUUAGGACCACCAGGUCCACCUGGACCUCCUGGACCCCCCGGAGAACCAUUUGGAUAUGAAGCUAGUGCUUUAGCUGCUUUGUUUAGCCAAGGUCAAAUGAAAGGUCCCGAUCCAGCUCUUGGAGAUGAACCAGACAAGCUAUUCUCGGCAGACACACCUAUUGAAGAAAAGAAAAGGCUGGUGUUCGAAUUUUAUGACAAGCUCAUCCAGGAGUACGAGGAGUUCCGCAAACCGUCUGGAGAGAAACAAACCCCAGCGACCACCUGCCGAGAUCUCUUUGUCGCUCACCCAGAACUACCCAGCGGUAAUUACUGGGUUGACCCCAACCAAGGAGAUCCUAAAGAUGCCAUCCAAGUAUUUUGUGAUAAAGAUACUAAAGCUACUUGUGUGUCUGCUAAGCCUGAACAGAUCCAGAAAAAGAACUACUAUGUCGGUAAGCCUCAAGAGACCUGGUUCAGCUCAAUGAACGGCGGUUUUACUUUCAGUUAUAGGGCAGAUCGCAUCCAAAUGAGCUUCCUUCAACUUCUGAGCAAGAACGCCGAGCAAAACGUCACCGUCCACUGCCGAAAUCUCAUGGUCUACAAGAACAAUAAAGUGAACAAUCUGAAGAAGGCCGUCAAACUGAUGGGUUACAAUGACUUGGAGAUGUCUGCAGAUGGAAACCCCAUGUUUGCAUUUACAGCAAUGUCAGAUACCUGUCAGUAUCGUGACAACCAGAGGGGCGAGACAACUCUAAAAUACGAAACGGAUAAACCGCAGAGAUUGCCAAUAGUGGACAUCGCCUUCAGAGAUAUUGGUUCCAGAAAUCAAGAAUUUGGAGUAGACUUGGGACCUGUGUGCUUUUCUUAAUACUAGUGAAGCCCUGGCUUUGUGAUAAAGAUACUUACCAUCACACAAUUGAAAAAUGAACUUUUUUGUGGAAUCAUACUUUCGUUAAUAAAAAACACUGCCAAUAUUUAUCAUAAACAUUUUCAUAAUGAUACGCUCAUUUCUGUGGACUAUGCUUGAUUGUAAAUUUGAAUUAUUUUUUUGGAUAAUGUUUUUUUGAAUUUAUUAUUUGUUUUUGUUGUGUUAAUUUUUCCAAGAUUUGUAUUCAUGUUGCCGAUUUUCUAUAAAUUUUAUAACAAUAGAUUUUGAUAAAUUAUCAAUUUUUCCUCCUUCUUAAACUUUGAAUUGCGUUUCAUUUUUAUACUAUUAUAUCUUUUAGUUUAUAAAUUCAAGACAGCUACAGAGUGGCUCUUAGACGCUUUGAGACAAAGUAUUAUUUCAAAAUUCUGUCAAAAAAUGUUUGAUCUUUUUUUUUCUUUAUACAAUUGCUGUUAAAUAUUGUAAAUAUUUAAUCUAUCUGUUAAGUGCAAUGAUAACGAAAAUUUCUUAUUUAAUAAAAGUUUUAAUGUAUUGUU